AUGCAGUUGGCGGCAAAAAAGAAGCGGGGUGGAAGCGGUGGUUCUUGCAGUGGUUUCAAGGGAGGCGGUGGCGGCCCGAACAGCGGUAGCGGUGAAGGUGAUGACGAAGGUGGUGGAGUUAGUGUUCGAAGGCUUGGUCUGAGAAGUUUACAGAGUCCAAAAGACGGCGCCGCCACCACCGACCACGCCGCCCCGUCGACCGCACCCUCUGCGUCGGCGGCGAGCAAGAGAACUACGACGCUCUUGCCCACCAACGAUGAGUUCAUGAGUCUGUUCGCUGCGGCAGUCAUUGGCGCAAUAUCGUCUUUGCGGAGUGUGAAGAAAGAGGACCCGGCGGGGUUGGAGGUAAUGAUCGGUGCUUUGUUUGGCUUGCGGCUCGACGAUAUGGAGUCGAUACUCGACUGUUUGCUGGGGUUGGCGGAGGAAAUGAAGGGCGACCAGGCGCUGAAGAUAGCGAUGGAGGCCUUGGGUAACGUGGAGAUGCUUAAGAGCACGGUCCGGGGGGCGACGAUGCUGUUGGCGGAGAAAAGGAAGCGAGAUGGAAGCGGUGGUUCUUGUAGUGGUUCCAAGGGGGGCGGCAAAGGCCCGGACAGCGGCAGCGGUGAAGGUGAUGGCGAAGGUGGUGGAGUUAGUGUUUGA